UCAGUUGCGUAACCAAAACUUUGACUAGAAGACAUAAAGAUUGACUGAACAAUAGCUACAGAUCAAAUAUGGGUGAACACAGGAAGGGCUGGAUAUUUCUGAUCCUGCUGACAUGCUUUGUGUGGAUUGUGAUGGUCACAUUCAAUGCCCUGGCUGGUGGUGAAGGACAAAAGCUAGGCAUAUUCAAAAACAGCACUGGAGAUAUCUCAGAUGUCUUCAACCUCCAGAUAACACCAGCUGGGUGGACAUUCAGCAUCUGGGGCGUUAUAUAUACCUGGCAAGCUCUAUGGCUGGUGUAUGCCUUAUCUACAAUUUGUCGUAAGACUUCGCAGGGUAACUACAUCUACACACUCCCCGUCAUGCCUCCGGUGAUCUACGUAGUGUACAUCUUCAACAACCUCAGUAAUGUUGCCUGGCUGUUUGUGUGGGACAGACAAGAGAUUAUCGCCUCCUUAGUGGUCAUUGCCUUGACACCCCUUACAUUGUAUGUCUGCUUGUAUUUCUCUUUCACAAGGCUGUAUCGUAACCUUGGCCUUCUUACCAAACAAUUUGCCACCAAGGACAUCUGGUUGAUCAGAUUUCUGGUUCAGAAUGGGCUGGCUAUAUAUGCUACUUGGACCACUGUGGCAACACUUUUGAAUGUUGCCAUGGUGAUGAUCUAUAAAGGGGGUGUAGAUAAUGCCUUGGCCUGCACCAUAAUUCUGGGUGUUCUGUCAUUUGUUAUCUUGCUCUGGUUUGUCCUAGAUAAUUUUGUAUUUGAUAAAUACACAAGGUACACUUUCACACCAAACAUGGUCUUUGUGGUGGCAUUGGCUGGUUCUAUCUCCAAAAAUUACAACAUAGACACCAUGGAGACAAACUCCAUCUUUUUGGUUGUCAUGGAGAGUGUUGCAAGCCUUUUGUUGCUGCUAAAGUUGCUUAUCUUGAUUUACAGACACAUUAGAACACCAAUAAAUCCAAAUGUGGAAUAUGAACCCACUAUUUAAGUUGUGAAAAAAAGCACAACACUUCAAGUCAUAAUGUUUGUUCAGUUUUAAGUUCAGUUUAAUUUCAUUCAAUUUAGAGUUGCAAUCCAACAACUAUUUGUUAUCCAAGACAGUGCCUUUUGAUUCAGUAGAAAUUCCAAGUAUAGUUUUCUAUCAAAACAUUAUUCAUAACUUUAUGUAAAUUUUCAUGUUUUAUAUGUGAUUAAGAUACUGAAUCAUAUCAUUUUAUGCUGAAAAUGGAUUUGUAAAUAUACACGUGUCCAUCAACAAACAUUGAACAAAAAAUUCACACACUUUCAGUGACUUUUUGCUUGCAAAAAAGUAAUUUGAUCAAGGUUCAUAAUUCUUCAUAGAAAACUAGGAAAAUUUGAAAAUGUGACUUUCUUUUUAAUGAAGAGAUAGGUAUGGGUGUCAUAAAUUUUUUGGUUUGAUAGAAAUAAAUAUAUUAAAAUUUUUAUCAGUGCCAAAUUAAACGAGACUUCCUAUGUUUUUGUUACAUAUUUUUUAAAAUGUGCCUUAUUUUUUGUUAUAAUAAUGUUCUGUAAUGUUUGAAGAAUAUAUUUAUACUUUGAUGGAGAAAUUUAAAUUUUAUAAAUAUUUUUUCUUCAACAUGCCAAGGGUACCAGCAUUAUGCAAUACACAAUUAUACUUGUUUUUUUGAAAACAUUUAUUUAUUUUCAAAGUCAAAAAUGGUGCUAUAACUACACCAAAUCAAAUCAUGUACGUCUUGUCAGGUUACAUGAACUAUGAAUACUAGGAAAGCUUACAAAUUCAUUGGAACUGAUUUGUAAGAUUACUCUG